UUCUUUUUCUUUGUUUGAGCGACUUCCUCUGCCCCGUCCUCCAUUCCACAUCUCUUUUCUCUCUAAUCGAGGAAUCGCAGUUGGAUCGAUAGCCCCACAGGGCCAAUCCGUACCAGUCAGGGAAACCGAGGUAGCGAAAAAAGGGAAAGAGAUCGAGCAACGAGGAGCGCGAUCUCCACCCAUCGCUUCUGUCAUACUCUACUCGGCACCCGGUGCUUCUCCCAGAUUUUGCGGCCCCUACCCUGAGGUUGUCGGGGAAUGGAGGGAACUCAGAACAAAGGGGGAAUGGUUCCCGUGUCGCCCUCCCAGACGCCGAGGCCGACGCAGAAGGCAGGGAGAGAUCUCCGGUCGGUAGAGGGGAAUGGGAACUCCCACAGCAAGUAUGAUAAGGAUAAGGGAGUCAAUGUACAAGUCAUACUCAGAUGCAGACCAUUAAGUGAGGAAGAGCUGAGGACGAACACGCCAGUGGUCAUAUCAUGCAAUGAGCACCGGCGAGAAGUUUCUGCUGUUCAGAACAUUGCUAACAAGCAAAUUGACAGAACUUUUGUGUUUGACAAGGUGUUUGGCCCGGCAUCAAAGCAAAAGGAUUUGUUUCAUCAAGCUAUUUCCCCAAUAGUUAACGAGGUCCUUGAGGGCUACAAUUGUACAAUUUUUGCCUAUGGGCAAACUGGGACAGGUAAAACUUACACCAUGGAAGGAGGAGGUGGAAGAAAAACAAAGAUUGGAGAAUUCCCAAGUGAUGCAGGAGUUAUCCCUAGAGCAGUGCGGCAAAUCUUUGACAUACUUGAGGCACAGUGUGCUGAAUACAGCAUGAAAGUCACAUUUCUUGAAUUAUACAAUGAAGAGAUAACAGAUCUUUUGGCCCCUGAUGAUUCAAAAUCAUCCGAUGACAAGUCGAAGAAGCCUAUAGCCCUCAUGGAAGAUGGGAAGGGAGGUGUUUUUGUGAGAGGACUAGAAGAAGAGGUAGUCUAUACAGCUAGUGAAAUCUAUAAAAUCUUGGAUAAAGGGUCUGCAAAAAGGCGUACUGCAGAGACUCUACUCAACAAGCAAAGCAGUCGAUCUCAUUCCAUAUUUUCUAUUACAAUUCACAUUAAAGAAUGUACUCCUGAGGGGGAAGAGAUGAUCAAAUGUGGGAAGCUUAAUCUUGUGGAUCUUGCUGGUUCAGAGAAUAUUUCCCGUUCAGGUGCAAGAGAUGGCAGAGCAAGGGAGGCAGGAGAGAUCAACAAAAGUUUGCUCACUCUUGGCCGUGUUAUUAAUGCUCUUGUCGAGCACUCUGGCCAUGUUCCUUACAGAGACAGCAAAUUGACAAGAUUACUAAGAGAUUCUCUGGGAGGCAAGACGAAAACCUGCAUUAUUGCUACCAUAUCACCUUCCAUCCACUGUCUGGAAGAGACUCUGAGCACCUUAGAUUAUGCACACCGUGCGAAGAAUAUAAAGAAUAAGCCUGAGAUUAAUCAAAAGAUGUUGAAAUCUGCCAUGAUCAAGGAUUUAUAUGCAGAAAUUGACCGUCUUAAACAAGAGGUUUUUGCUGCAAGAGAGAAGAAUGGCAUUUAUGUACCACGGGAUCGCUACUUGAUUGAAGAAGCUGAGAAAAAGGCCAUGAGUGAGAAAAUAGAGCAUCUGGAACAUGAUUUGGAUUUAAAGGAUAAGCAACUGUGUGGGCUUCAAGAGCUUUACAAUUCCCAACAACUGUUAAGUGCAGAAUUAAGUGAGAAACUAAAGAAAACUCAGAAAAAGCUGGAGGACACUGAACAUGCAUUUUUUGACUUAGAAGAAAGAUACAGACAGGCAAACUCAAAGAUAAAAGAGAAAGAGUUUUUGAUAUUUAAUCUCCUUAAGUCAGAAAAGUCACUUGUUGAGCAUGCAUAUGAGCUUCGGUCAGAGCUAGAAAAUGCAGCUGCAGAUAUUUUUGGCUUGUUUUCCAAAAUAGAACGCAAAGAUAAGAUAGAAGAUGGAAACAGAAUACUUGUCCAGAAAUUCCGGUCUCAGUUGACUCAACAGUUGGAAAUUUUGCAUAAAACUGUCUCAGCUUCUGUGAUGCAACAGGAGACCCAACUGAAAGAAGUGGAAGAAGACAUGCAAUUGUUUGUCUCUACGAAGGCUGAGGCCACCAAAGAAAUCAGAGGGCAUGUUGAAAGGCUGAAGACCAUGUAUGGAUCUGGGAUCAAAGCUUUGGAUGAUUUAGCUGUUGAACUUGACAAAAAUUCUCAGUCUACAUUUGAAAUAUUGAAUUCACAAGUGCUUAUGCACUCUUCUACUCUCGAGGAUUGCUUUAAAGGAAUUGCUCUGGAGGCUGAUCGAUUGCUUCAUGAACUUCAAGUGAGCCUUUCUAAGCAAGAGGAUAAAUUAGUUGCAUUUGCACAACAGCAGCGUAAGGGACAUUUCAGAACUGUGGAAGCAACAAGGUCAAUUUCGAGAAUUGCUUCAAACUUUUUUGAUACACUCAAUAUUCAUGCAUCUACAUUAACCAAGAUUUUGGAAGAGUCAAAAACUGUACAAGACAAACAACUCCGCGAACUCGAGAAAAAUUUUGAGGAUUGCACUGCUAAUGAAGAAAAACAACUGCUUGAAAAAGUGGCGGAAAUGCUGGCCAUCUCAAGUGCCCGGAAGAAAAAGCUGGUUCAAGCAGCAGUAUGUAGUCUUCGUGCAAGUGCUGCUGAGAGAACAAGUAAUCUAGAACAAGAAAUGUCAACUGCUCACAAAUUUACUUCAUCUGUGAAAGAACAAUGGAAAUCUUACAUGGAAGAAACUGAAGAUCAUUAUCUUGAGGAUAUUGCAGCUGUUGAAAAUGGCAAGCUCCACCUAGAUGAAGGUUUAAGAAGUUGCAUGGAAAAGGCAAAACUGGGUUCACAACAAUGGAGAGAUGCUCAAAAUUCCUUGCUAAACCUUGAUAAAGUAAAUGUGGCAUCAGUAGAUUCAGUAGUCAGGAGUGGAUUGGAAGCCAAUCAACUACUGCGGUCUAGGUUGUUUUCUGCUGCCUCGACUACUCUUGAAGACAUCAAUGUCGCAAAUAAGGAUCUUCAUUCCUCAAUUGAAUAUUCGCUGAAACUUGACCACGACGCAUGCACAAACAUCAAUUGUAUGCUUGUCCCAUGCUGUGGGGAGCUAAGAGGACUGAGGAGUGGACACUACCACAAGAUAGUCGAAAUUACAGAAAACACAGGAAAGUGCCUCGAGGAAGAAUAUAUGGUGGAUGUACCAUCAUGUUCCACCCCGAGGAGGCGAUCAAUCGAUCUGCCAAGUAUCACAUCCAUCGAAGAUCUGAGGACUCCUGCAUUCGAAGAGCUGCUGAAAUCAUUCUGGGUAGCAAAAUCUACUUCCAAGGAGGCAAAUGGGGAUGUGAGUCGCUCUUCAGAGAUGCAGGACCCUCAGUUACAGGACUUGAGGGAUGCCAGAUUUGCUUUAAUGGCAAUUAAUUGAAGUUAAUGAAGUAGAACAUUGGUAAGAUUAUGUAUAUAAUAUAGCAGCUAUAUAGUUAUUCAUGUUGUAUUGGUCUUUUCAUUCUUUAUCCAAUUUGUUGAUGACUUCACCGAGACUGAUCUGUCUUGUACAGUCCAGAAUGAAGAUAUAUUGCAAGAUAGUACAGUUUUCCUUAUAAAAAAUAUUUCUUUCUUUUGCUCCAA